GGUUGCUGUAUUUUAUUUUUGGUUAUUUUYUUUWAAGGGAAAUGUYUGACCAGGGGGCUCAGCAGCAGCCACAGGUGGAAGUGGUGAUGAAGGUGGAAGGUCAACAACCUUCAACCUCCACUCCUCCUUCUCCACCUCUGACUGCUACUCAACAGGAAAAGGAGGAGUUGCAAGAGCAGCUGCGGCGACAACAGGACCGGCUUGCAGAGUUGGAACGCCAGGAGGCAGCUGAGCUAGAGGCUGCAAUAGAUUAUUCCAGAAGGGAAUAUCUGUUGCAGCAGCUAGACAAGGUGCUCUCAGAUGACCACUGUGCACAGGUGACUAAGCACCUGGCAGAGAUGAUCAUUCUGGAGCACAAGAUCACCAGUUCCCACUUCACGAACUGGGAUGAUCGUUUUUAUCAUUUGGAGCGUCGGGUUGACCACAUGGCCGCUCAGCAGUCUAAGAUUCUGGAUGCGAUUCAGAACUCGACUGCUCAGCUGUCAACCGCCAAGCUGAUUGCUUCUCAGCUCCCUCUGAUAAAACCCAAACCUUCUCCUCCUUCAACCCCUCCUUCAUCUCGCCCUGGGUCAGUGCAUUCUUCCCAGACACCACCUCAGUCCCAAAGAGCCUCAGGCAAAGCCACCUAUGCUGCUGUUACUGCAGGAGAUCAAAGAGGUCCCAAGAUCCCUGCACCCAACAAGUUCAGGGGUGAUGACCCCAAGACCGAUGUUGGGGAUUGGGAUGCAGGGACCAGAGCCUACUUGAGGGGCUUUGUUUGCCCAGAACAGACCAAGGUGGCAACCGUUCUGGGACUGUUGGAGGGGCCUGCACAAAAGUGGGCUACUUCAACCUCCAGCAGUCUGCAGCAAACUAUGGAGGACUGGGCUUUGGGACUGGGAGUGGACAGGCUUCUGCAGGCCUUGGAAGACCGCUUUGCAGACAAGGAGCGGGCCCGCAAAGCUGCUGACAGGAUUGCUCGCCUGGGACAGCAGCGCUACAGCGGCUCCCUGCAAUCCUUGUUUGCAGAGUUCGAGCAGUUGACUUCCACACCAGGACUGGUGAUGUCUGCAGAUGACCUGCUGACGAACUUCUGCAGGGCAGCCCCUGAGAAGUUUUCAGUGGCAUUGUACAGCGUUGGGCACAAGGAUUGGAGGCGAAGCUUUAUGUUCAGGCCCCAUCCUCUGACAGGAGGAAAGGUGCCUUCCCUAAAGGUGGUAGAAAGGGAAAGGCGGCCUUCACUCAUGUGGGAUCUGCAUCAGGGGAGAAUGUCGGGAGUGGGAGACAGGAAGGGAGGAUCUGACAAGGGAAAAGCAGAGAACCUAGUGGACCGGCACCUGGUCGGAGCCGACCAGGGGAAGAUAAAGGAAGAGAGGAGGAGACACGAGGGGACUUUUGCCUGGGGAGGCAAGGGGAGUGCACGUACAGCGCCCGUCGGAGCGCUCGUACCAGGGGAGGAGGAGCGAACGGAGGAAGAGCGCUUCUUCUGGAAGGAGAUGUGGAGUGAUAUGCUGCGCUAUGUGGACACCUGUGAGCUCUGCCAAAGGAAUAAGGUCCACCGUAGACCUCCUUUGGGACUGCUCAAACCCUUGCCCAUACCUGAUGGCCCUGCUGAAUCUGUGGCGAUAGUUUUCACAGAUUUAGGCAAGACCACCCCUCAUGGCAUGUGUCAGGUUAUGGUCUGCGUGGACAGGUUCUCCAAAUACGCAGAGUUCUUCCCCUUGCGAGAGGUAGCUAGGGUUCCGGCUGUGAGAGCAGCCUUUUCUGAGAGGUGGGUCACUCACCAUGGACCGCCCACUCCUAUCGUCAGUGACAGAGACCCCAGAUUUUGCAGCGAUGAGUGGCCGUCCUAUUGUAAGGAUUACCUGCACUCACGAUUGGACAUGACCUAUGGUCAUCAUCCUGAAGCCAAUGGUCAGGCUGAGGUGAUGAACCAAGUCUUAUUCCAAUUGCUGCGUCCUGUCAUCUCACCAGAUCAGCAGGGCUGGGAUCUUCACUUGGCUAGGGCACAACUCAUGUACAACAUGUCUGUCCACUCCUCGACGGAGUUCAGUCCCUGCCGGUUACACUGGGGGCGUGAACCACGACAGCCUCUCGAUGACAUCAUCGAUAAGGCUAAGCCUGAUCUGACACCAGGCACAGCAGAGUUCACCAGACGUUAUCGUCUAGAUGUGGAAAGAGCCUGCGCGGACUUGUUCAAAGCCCAAAAGGCUAUGGUUGAACAAGCUAAUCGCCACAGGCGUCCUUCCCCCAUCCGCACUAGUGAUUAUGUCUGGGUGGCCAAUUCUGAGUUGUCGAGGGAGGAGGAUAUCUCCCCCAAGCUGUUGCCACGUUACCUGGGUCCACGGCAGGUCCUAGAUAUAGUGGGCGCUGAUCCCUUCGGUCCGUCGUAUGUUAUCGACAUCCCGUUGCAUCUACGCACCUACCCAGUCUUUCAUGCAUCCAAGCUGCUGCCUUUCACUCCAGCUGAUGCAUUCCCAGACCGGCCCCCUCAGUUUGGUCCACCGAUCCCUGGCAAGGGAUAUGACGUGGAAUGGAUUGAGGACGAGUGGGGCACCGGCCCCGACCGACAGUAUUUUGUGAGGUUCGCAUUCCAGCCUCCUUCUGAGAACAGAUGGUUCUACAGGAGGGAACUUCUCAAGACACCAAAGUACGAUGUUCACUUCUACGCGUCGUUUGCGUUAAUAUAUUUGUUUCCAAAAUUAGAACUGAGUUUACAACGAGACAUGGCCAGAGCCAUUCUUGAGGAGGUUUCCGACGAGGUCAUGUUCUUAGCGGGCGGCGAACUAGGAAUGCGGAAGGUGGCAGGAUGCAUGCCUCACGACAUGGGAAUCUCCAAUCCAUGGAUCAGGCUGAACGCCUACAAUAUUCAUGAUACCAGCCGUUGGAAGGACCUUAAUUCCAAGUUCGUCUUGCAGGUCUACAGAGACUAUGUUGUGACCGGGGACAUGGGGCCAGCACAAGGACCCAGUGCCUAUUGUGGCGGACUGUGGAUAGCCGCUCUUCAAGCUGCUGCAGCUCUUUCGGAAGCUGUCGGCGAUAUGGAGAUGUCGGAACGAUACGCAUCCAUCUUUCUAAAGGGGCGGGAGGCCUAUGUGGAGAAGCUGUGGAAUGGAAGGUACUUCAACUAUGACAGCAGCCAAGGAAAUGGGAAGACAUGCAUUCAAGCAGAUCAAAUGGCUGGUCAAUGGUACACUUGGGCGUGUGGAUUGCGACCGUUAUUCGAAGGGAACAAGGCACAGAGAGCACUGGAGACAGUUUUCAACAACAAUGUCAUGAAGUUUUGCAAUGGAAGAAUUGGUGCUGUCAAUGGAAUGUACCCAAAUGGCAAGGUCGAUUCUGGAAGCAUGCAAUCAAGGGAGGUGUGGACAGGUGUCACUUAUGGAGUGGCUGCGGCGAUGAUUUACGCGGUAUCGCACCUGCUGGUGGGUGCAGCGCCCGCAUGUUCCCUCGUUGGAGGCUUGAGCACGGAUGUGGCUGCUACGGGGUUACCCGUAAUACUAUAAUGACAAUAAAAAAGGCCUGAAAGG